AUGUGUCGGGAAGCUAGCAUUAUUCUUAUUAUGUUUUUGGUAUCAAAUGCAACACAGCCAAUAGAUGGACGAAAGACCUUCACAUCGAUGGUCUUUCGCAGGGUUUUUACCAAGUUUGGACACAAGUAUGCCUCAAGUUAUGAGGUAUACAUUAGUCCAGAUCAAAUGGCCAGUAAUAUGUCGCUGAAUAUUAUUAAAGAUCUAACAGAUAAUGUCUGGUUAAAGUUGGGCGUUUCUCAAAGGGAGGCGAAGAAUGUUUAUCGAAGCAUGUUUGCCUAUGAUGUGAACUUGUGCAGUUUCAGCUACUUCGGAAAGCCUGUCAACUUAAUCCAAAGAUGGAUGCACAACAUCCUCAAGUAUUCAAAUAUACCUGAUAGUUGUCCUAUUAAAAAGGGCAACUAUUAUUGGAUUAACCUGCGAGCCGAUAAGGACAGCAUUCCGUCUUUUAUAACUACGGGACACUUUCGUAUUGAUGCUUUAUUUUAUAUGAGAGAGUGGAAUAACGAUAUGGUGACAAAUACCUCAAUGUUUCUGGACAUUAAAAUGAAGUGAACGCAAU